AAUCUAGAAAUAACUUUCCAGAGGUCUACAGGCCACAAAUGAAAUGAAAGUACAAUGCAAUUCUACAGAUUUAUUUUGUAGUUAAAAGAUAUAUAAGAUUAUAAAAUCUAAAAAAUCUUAUAACGGUAUUCUUAUUACGACACGAUGUAGAUUUAAAAGGACAUUUUCGUUGAUUGUUUUUUUGUAAUUUAACAAUUUCAUUAUGUUUGGCAUUUAACAUGUAUAUGUUUAAAUAUCCUGUUUCGGAGACGUUGAAAGGGGUGAUCUUCUAUCAGGAUAUUAUAACUUAGUUAACGUACAGGUUUAUCUUUAGUCAAUCUGUGUUUUAACGAAUGUAGUUGUGCAUCUUAUGAUAGUUAUCAUACUGUAAAGGAAAGCUGAAUCAUAGAUAAUAGAGAGAGAUGGACGAAGGACGCUUAGGAAUCGUUCGACGCCAGGAAAACAGUCGAAGAAAAUUCGUUUUUAUGUUGAAUGAAGUAAUGAGAUCACAGUGCAAUGUCGUUGAUGAAUGCAUUUCAAGAGAGAAAUUUGAAAUUGGAGUUAAAUACGACAAAUCGUUUGUUCCAAUAAGACGAGCGGUUGUAAAACAGAGAGUACUUCAACAAUGUUUGAAAAUGAAACGGGAUCCUAAAAUAAUCAAAAACAGAAACUUAGGUGUUUAUGGCGGGAAACCUUUGUAUACGUUUUCCCGUGACAUUGAUAAGUUUAUCGCAGACAUGCAUCCGCGUUUAAGACGAUUGAAGCAAGCUGAAAAAGCACUAACAGAAAGUAUUGAAAAGGGUAAAAUAUUAGAUCCAAAGAAAGUUCCUCUUAAGAUAGAACAGUAUUUUAAGAAAAAUUGGAAAAACGACAUCGAAGAGAAGGUGCAGAAACCAAAACCUGCAGUAUUACAAGAAAGCAAAGACAUAUUCAAAAAUACACGAAAUAUGUUGCCUCCUAUUAGAGGAAUACUAAAUCCAUACAGUAAAAGAAUAUGGAAAGAUUAUGCCGAUAAAAAUGACAAUGAUAGAACCGACGAAUCAUCGAAACACUUGGUAGAGGAAGACCGUAUUAAAUCAAAAGAACAUCAAAUACAAAGUGACUCGAAACAUCAAGUUGCAAUAAAUACAAAUCGUCUGUCUGAACAAACAAACAACACAAUUGAUGUACCAGAUAACAGUGUGUUACGUGAGAAAACGAAGGGGUUAUUAAUUUUGCCUCCAAUACAACAAACAAAGCAGAUGGUUCAACGGUGAAGGUCAUACUAAUAUCACGGAAUUUUAUAUUGUAUUUCAAAAUGAUAAAUGUCGGUGUGUGCAUAAAUAAAAAAGUUGCACAAACAUUUAUGCAA